AUGGAUUUCCUCAAGCGAUUCAAAAAGCAAUCUUCCCCAGCAGUAGAUGCUACACCAACCCCAUAUGCCGACGACGACGUCCUUCCAGUACACACACUAGACGACACGAAGACUUUCCGUAGCAUCAUAAUUACAUGGACACUCUGCUUCAACGAUGUUCUCGAUGCGGAUAGGCUCCGGUCCUCUCUAGCAAAGCUCUUGGAAAAUGGGGACUGGAGGAAGCUUGGAGGACGCUUGAGACUCAACUUCACAUCUGAGCGACCCGCCUUCUCGUACAGCCAUGUCACCAUCAACACUCCCAUCGAAGAGCACGACCUAGCCAAGAAGCUUCCCAAAGCCAACAGAGCCGUCUUGAUCUGUCCAGGACCCACGGAGUUCAAUGACCUGGCCGCUAGCGCCGACGCGCCCAUGACGUUUGAGGACUUGAUCGCUGGAGACACGCCACAAAUUUCGGUCCACAUCACGUCUUUUACCAACGCAACACUCGUGGGACUCUCCUGGCCCCAUACUUUGAUGGAUGUAAUUGGCAACCAAAACCUCCUCUGCGCGUGGUCGAUGGUAUUAGCCGGAAAAGAGACCGAAGUGCCGCCUGUACUAGGGGCGCGGGAAGACAUGCUACGUGCACUGACUGACAACACGACUCAGCCGGCAGAGGAGUACAUACUCAAGGCCAAACAGCUCAAAGGGCUGAGUAUGGUCAAAUUUGGAGCGAGGUUCGCAUGGGAUAUGCUUACUGGUCCUGCUCCAAAGUCGCAGACGAUUUACCUGCCAAAGGACGUCGUGGCGAAAUUGCGCGUAGCAACUGAGCAAGACCUACCUGUGCAGGAGAACGAUGACGGUAUAGUCGAGAAACCACCGUUCAUCAGCGAUGGCGAUGUGCUCACUGCAUGGACACUCCGCUGUAUCGCAUCUUCUCUGCCAUCACCCCGUCCCUUGACCGCCCUCCACGCAAUGAACGCUCGUUUCCGUCUUCCUGAACUCAUCAACGCGAAGGGCAUGUACAUGCAAAACAUGCUCGUCCCCGGCUUCACCUUCCUCUCUCCAGACAUGGCAACCGGCCCACUCGGUCCCAUCGCUCUACACAACCGCCAGCGCCUCCUCGAACAAGCAACCGAAGGCCAAGUCCUUGCCAGUCUUCGCGAGCAGCGUAUCUCCGGCGAUCCAUCGACGCUUCUCUACAGUGACGCGGAUGCGAUGUUGGUGCCUUUUACCGACUGGUCGAAAGCCAAGUUCUUUUCUACUGUCGACUUUGGGCCUGCGGUUGUGAGGGCUGGUGAUGAGAGUGAGGGAAGGAGUAAUCCGCCUGGUAUGCCUGCGUUUCAUCAUUGCUCGAGUAGGAUACCGAAUCCGGCGAAUAGGCUGUUGGUGCAUAUUUUGGGGAAGGAUCAUGCGGGGGGUUAUUGGCUGAGCUUGAUUAUGUCGCCGAAGGCUUGGGAGAAUGUGGAGGCGAGUUUGAAGGAGUUGAGUUGA